AUGUCAACAUUAUUGAAACAAAAUCAUGCAUAUAAACUGAAUGAUUUAAGUACAGAGCCCGAUUCAGAUGAGAAUGGCAAAGCAACAAGUGAAGAAGACGACAACAAUAAUAAUGAUCAAGACAAUAGUUUUGAUUCCGAGAUAUUAGAUGAUGACCAUGAUGAUGAGAAUAAUACAAUUACAAAAGAAAAAAAUAUACUUUACUGA